GAUUGGCUCCUGCGCUCGGGGGUCUGGGCUGGAAGCCUCCGCCUCCCUGAUUGGCCCGACCGCUCCCGGCGCUCGCCUCUGAUUGGGCGCCGGCGGGCCCAGCUCCUCGGCUCCCAGAGGCCCCGCUUUCUGAUUCGCCGCCCGGGCCAGCCCCGCGGCCCGCACGCUCAGUGGCUGCGUCGAGACCGGCCGCGGCCUCCGAUUGGACGCGCGGCGCGCCCGCGGCCUGAUUGGCCAGGACCACCGCCCCCCCGGCUCCCCAUUGGCUGCCCGGCCGAGCCCGGUCUCCGGGUAAGAUGGCAGCGGACGGACAGUGCUCGCUCCCCGCUUCAUGGCGGCCGGUGACCCUCACCCACGUCGAGUAUCCCGCAGGUGACCUCUCCGGCCACAUCCUCGCCUACCUGAGCCUCAUUCCCGUGGCCAUCAUCAUCGGCUUCGUCACCCUCAUCAUUUUCAAGCGGGAGCUGCACACGAUCUCGUUCCUGGGGGGCCUGGGGCUGAACGAGGGGGUCAACUGGCUGGUCAAGCGCCUGGUGCAGGAGCCGCGGCCCUGUGGAGGCCCCCACACGGCGGUGGGCACCAAGUACGGCAUGCCCUCCAGCCACGCCCAGUUCAUGUGGUUCUUCUCCGUCUACUCCUUCCUUUUCUUGUACUUACGAAUGCACCAGACCAACAACGCCAGGUUCCUGGACCUGCUGUGGCGGCACGUGGUCUCCCUGGGCCUCCUCACCGUGGCCCUCCUCGUCUCCUACAGCAGGGUCUACCUGCUGUACCACACCUGGAGCCAGGUGCUCUAUGGCAGCGUCGCCGGCAGCCUCCUGGCCGUCGUCUGGUUCGUCUUCACGCAGGAGGUCCUCACCCCCUUCUUCCCGAGGAUAGCGGCCUGGCCGAUCUCUGAGUUCUUCCUGAUCCGGGACACCAGCCUCAUUCCCAACGUGCUGUGGUUCGAGUACACCGUCACCCGGGCGGAAGCGAGGAACAGACAGCGCAAGCUGGGGACGAAGCUACAGUGACCAGGGUCGUGCUGGGUCCGGACAGACGGAGUUGACCGAGGGACAAAAGGCGAGACCUCGACUGACCCGAGUCGCCAAGCGGAGC